UUUGGUCAAUAAUUUAUUUUUCAAUGCGAUGUUUUCAUUGUAUAACCAUUAUUUUUAAUUUAUUUGGAGAUAAUAUAAUAUUUCGAGAUACAUUCUUUUUAAUAUCAUGGAUACCAGGACAUCUUUUAGUAUAUAUACAUAUAGUAAGCAUAUUUAGAAUUCUACCAAGUUUAUUAUUUAAUCAAUUUACAGAAACAACAUCAAGAAUGAAAACAAUUUGGAUCCCAAAAGGAGAAAAACAAAUUACAAUUAUAUUUUGGGCAUUUUGUAUUAUCACAGUAUUAAGUUUAACAACAACUAGUUUUAUAGCAGCAUUUAUUAGAAGAAGUGAAGGAUUUACGAAGAAAUGGUUUUUUGCAUUUUCAACUCACGUAUUUUUUCAAUGGUUAUAUUGUCUUAUAAAUGGAUUCUUAUUUUUAUAUUAUGGUAGAAUAUUAGUUAAACAAACCAAAAAAAGUAUUAAAUUAACUGACAUUAAUAAUGACAAAGGAAGAGAAAACUUUAGAGUAUUUAUUAGAAAGAUGAAAAUGUAUAAUUUUGUUUGUAGUGCCAUCUGUUUUUUUACAGCAAUUAUUGUCCUUCCAUCAACGACAUUAUUAAUGUAUUUGGGACUUGAUAAUUUAAUAGAUAUAAUGUUUUGUAUUGCUGUUAAUAUAAUUUUUCCAAUUUUAUUCGGAAUGUUAUCUUAUUCAAUUAUAACAUCCGAAACACAAAAAAAUAAUACGGAUGAACCAUCUUUUACUCAUCAAUAUUCUACUUAUAUGCAAACAAAUAGUUUCAGUAAUGUUUGAAAGUCUUUUUUAAUUAAUUAAAUUCACAUGAUUUGGAUCAUAUGUACAUCAUAACUUUAUAUGAAUCAUAUGAUGUCCAAAUUUAGUUGGACUGGAAUCGUUGCGAUCAUUUGCCCGAAACCAAACCGGAAUAAAUAUUCGUCCGUCAAUAAUAUUUUCCCCAAUUUUUUUUUGUUUGCAUAGUAUUUACAUCUGAAAUAUUUAUAAUGCGGAAAAACUUUCAAAUGUUAAAACAAUAACGUAAUUUUACUUUAAUAAAUGGUAAUUACAAGUUAAAAAUAUUUUCUUUGACCAAUAAAAUCAUUGAAUUAAUAAAUAA